UUGUUUUAUAUCUGCUGAUGAAGCAAUGGUAGACUCUAUAUAGCAGAUGAUGUGCCGGAUAUUCACUGCUCACUGUUGCCUCUCAUAAAGUCAAAAUGGGAAAGAUCACAUUUUAUGAAGACAAGAACUUCAAAGGCCGCUCUUACGAGUGCAGCAGUGACAACAAUGACCUACACUCCCACUUCAGUCGUUGCAACUCCAUCAAAGUGGACAAUGGCUCUUGGAUGAUUUAUGAGCAGGCAAACAACAAGGGCCACCAGUAUUUUCUUAAGAAAGGAGAAUACCCUGACUACCAACACUGGAUGGGAUUUAAUGACACCAUCAGUUCUUGCCACAUGAUCCCUCUGCAUACUGGAUCAUUUGUGAUCAGACUGUACGAAAAAGAAGACUUCAGAGGUGAGAUGGUCGAAUUCAAUGAAGACUGUCCACAUGUCUACAAGGAUUUCAAUUACCAUGAUAUUCACUCCUGCAACGUUCUUGAAGGCCACUGGAUAUUUUAUGAGGAACCCAACUACAGAGGACGUCAGUUCUACCUGAGACCUGGAGAGUACAAGAAAUUCAGCGAUUGGGGAGCCUCUAAUGCUAGAGUUGGAUCCAUGAAAAGAGUUCAAGAUUUUUACUAGAAAUAUAAAAUGCACAGAUCUGUAUAACUCAUGAAAAUUAAAAUAUAAUAAUAUCUUCCUA